AUGGACUUAAGUUUUCUAUGCGGCAAACAAACUUUGUACUAUUAUAAACAAGAACCAGCACCUCCCUCAUGUUCUAAUCUUAAUAUUCUAAAAAAGCAUCAACUUUAUGAAAAUAAUUUUGCUUACGAUGAUAUCUAUUAUAAAAAUAAAAGACAAAAAUAUAACGAGAAUACUCACGAUCAAG